CAAGACGCUUGUAGGUAGUAGCCAAUAGUAGCUAGCAAGUCACUGGUUCUUUGCGCUAACACAAAACCAAUUUCACUAAAUGUGAACUAUUUUUGUCUACGAGGACUUUGGCUAAGCUUAGCCACGAUAGCAGUAACGCUAACGUCAUGGCAGACCGCAUUUACUGGCGGACAAUGUCUAAUAAACUCAGAAAGUAACGUCUUUAAAGAUAAGACUCCUGAGAUAAUUUAUUGCAGUGGCACGAAAAGUAAUGGAGGUAAUGAGUGGGUUAUGAGUGUGGGUGAUGGAGGACAACCAGUGUGGGGACGUGGACUAUCUCAUCCAAGAUGAAGACACGUUUAUAGAAGGUGUCAGCAACCAGGUUCUGUUUGUUGUGGUGCUCACCAUCACCUUCCUGGCAGGCAUCCUCACUCUACUGUGUAGAGAGGAGCAACAGCACAAUAUUCAUCCUGAGAAUCAGGAGCAUGUUCGAGCUGUCCGUCAGCAGCUACAAACAGAGCAGGAGGAAAAUCCCCAGCCAGAAGCCAGGCAGCAGUAUUAUCGAGACAUGUCUUGCCCUGUGUGUUUACAACAAGCUGUUCUACCUGUUGAGACCAACUGUGGUCAUCUUUUCUGUGGUUCCUGUAUUAUAGCCUACUGGAGGUAUGGCAGCUGGUUGGGCGCCAUUAACUGUCCCAUAUGCAGACAAAUGGUAACAUUGCUGUUCCCGCUGUUCAAUGACCAGGCCGCUCCUCAGAGGGUCCUGGAUGGCGAGGCAGAACCUCAGCUCAUCUUAAGAGACAUCAACGAUUACAACCGUCGCUUCUCAGGCCAGCCGAGAUCUGUAAUGGACAGGCUACGAGAUGUCCCCACGCUCCUUCGCCACGCUUUCAGAGAGAUGUUCUCCAUGGGCGGCCUCUUCUGGAUGUUCCGAAUUCGAAUUAUUCUUUGCCUCGUCGGAGCCCUCACCUACCUGGCCUCACCGCUAGACAUCCUCCCCGAGGCACUUUUCGGCCUGCUGGGAUUCAUGGACGACUUCUUCGUCAUCCUCCUCCUCUUUGUCUAUAUCUCGAUCAUGUACAGGGAGGUGGUCACGCAGAGACUGAACGGCUAGGACGCAGCUCGCCAUUAAAGACUCUCCUGGAUGGAGGUAUAUGGCCGAGUGAAUUAUCAAAGGGAAGAUUAUCAACACUGCUGAUUUGCUUUGCUUCUUUGGUAACUGGUGCGCUCAAAUCUUGAGCGAUGGGGCUUUAGUAAAGGUUUAUUCUGUAGAGAUCACAGAACAUUUACUGUAUUUCGUCAACUAGCGGCCUGGGGUGUCUUGUGAUUUCAACUUCAGUCCCAGGCACAACUGAAUAACAAGUUAGUUCAGUUUAGUGGUCAGCAUGUCUGCUUCUCAUCUUGCAUGGGUUUUCUCAGGCUUCCACCAAAACUUGCAUAUUAGGUUCAUUGAAAACUCUAAAUUGUCCAUAGAUGUAAAUGGUAGAGAAAAUAGCUGUCUAGUUUUUUUUUGAUGGGUUUGUUCUGAGGGUACAAAAGAAGGUGUUUCUAUGAAGUUUAGUGUUGAUUUGUUCAAGUGGGCCAAUGCACCAAGUGAUUUAUUGAAAGACGGUGUCUCGGCUGUUUAUUGAAGCAUUGUUAAUUAGAGGGGAGACCACAAUUUGAGGAAAUGCGGUAUUAGCAUAUUGUUUUGGACAUUUGUGUUGUAUGAUGAGACCUUGUUUACAGUGGAUUCAAAAACAACAAAAAUGGAUGGUACUGGGGUUGUAAAUUUAUAGAUUUGGCCAAUUUAAAGAAACGAGGCAUCAUUGUGUGACUCUUACAAUCUGUUAAGCGAAGUACAUUUGUUGAUUAUGUUGAAUAUUAAUAGGUAAAAUAAAAAAGUAUUCUUCUCAGUCA